GGGCCAGGACGCUGUGGGAGCCUAGGCUGAGAAGAUGCUCGGGCCAGCAGCCACCACCAGCAGCCCCGUCUCCGCUGCCGACCGUGCCCGCCGCCCCCCGGGCCCCCACUAGCGGCCGCCUUCGCUUCUUAUCUCCGGCCCCCCGUCCUGAGCAGGGCCUUGGGAGGGGGGCUCGGCCCUUCGCAUUUGUGGGGAGCCCCCAAGAAAGGAUACAGGGAGAGUGUCCUGUCUCCUCUGCACCCCACUGGCUCAGCCAAGUACUCGGCUUCGGUGAUCUUUGAAAGCCCGGACCCCACCCCUCAGUUCUCCAUCCCAGACGCCCCCCGUACCCUCUCCACCCUGCUCUCCUUCGCCCUCCCAGCUCUGUCAGCGCUCUUCCCCCCCCAACCCCCUCCCGCUUCCCUCCCCGCCGCUCCCCUCCACCCUCCUCGCCGCCCCCUCCCCUCCCCCUCCGUCCCCUCCCCCUCCCCCCCCACCAUGAGGAUGAUGGCCGCCGGCGCGGUGCACGGCCUCUUCACGGCCUCCGCGGCCCCGCAGCCGCCGCCGCCCCCGCCGCCGCCGCCGCCGCCGCAGCCCCAGCCUCCCCAGCAGCCGUCGCCGCCGCCACAGCAGCCGCCGCCGCCGCCGCAGCCGCCGCAGCAGCAGCAGCCGCCGCCCCAGGCCCCCCCCAUGGAGCCCGAGGCCCCGGAUUCCCGCAAGAGGCCCCUCGAGACGCCCCCCGAGGUGGUCUGCACCAAGCGCAGCAACACGGGAGAGGAAGGCGAGUACUUCCUGAAGGUGCUCAUCCCCAGCUACGCAGCCGGCUCCAUCAUCGGCAAAGGCGGCCAGACCAUCGUGCAGCUGCAGAAGGAGACGGGAGCCACUAUCAAGCUGUCUAAGUCCAAAGACUUCUACCCAGGAACUACUGAACGGGUAUGCCUAGUACAGGGCACGGCAGAGGCCUUGAAUGCCGUCCACAGCUUUAUCGCAGAAAAGGUCCGAGAAAUCCCUCAAGCGAUGACCAAGCCUGAGGUGGUCAACAUCCUUCAACCCCAAACUACGAUGAACCCCGACAGAGCCAAGCAGGCCAAGCUCAUCGUUCCCAACAGCACGGCGGGACUGAUCAUCGGUAAAGGGGGAGCGACCGUGAAGGCGGUGAUGGAGCAGUCCGGCGCGUGGGUGCAGCUGUCGCAGAAGCCCGAGGGUAUCAACCUGCAGGAGCGCGUGGUGACCGUGAGCGGCGAGCCCGAGCAGGUGCACAAGGCCGUGAGCGCCAUCGUGCAGAAGGUACAGGAAGACCCGCAGAGCAGCAGCUGCCUCAACAUCAGCUACGCCAACGUGGCGGGGCCCGUGGCCAACUCCAACCCCACCGGCUCGCCCUACGCCAGCCCGGCCGACGUGCUGCCCGCCGCGGCCGCCGCCUCCGCCGCCGCCGCCUCGGGUCUGCUGGGCCCCGCGGGGCUGGCGGGCGUGGGCGCCUUCCCCGCCGCGCUGCCCGCCUUCUCGGGCACCGACCUGCUGGCCAUCAGCACGGCGCUUAACACGCUGGCCAGCUACGGCUACAACACCAACUCGCUCAGCCUGGGCCUCAACUCGGCCGCCGCCUCGGGCGUCCUGGCCGCGGUGGCCGCGGGCGCCAACCCCGCUGCCGCCGCCGCCGCCAACCUCCUGGCGUCCUACGCGGGCGACGCCGGGGCGGGGCCGGGGGCGGGGGCCGCCCCGCCGCCGCCACCGCCCCCCGGAGCGCUGGGCUCCUUUGCGCUGGCUGCGGCCGCCAACGGCUACCUUGGUGCGGGCGCGGGGGGCGCGGCCGGAGCGGGGGGCGCGCCCCUGGUGGCCGCCGCGGCUGCGGCCGGGGCUGCCGGCGGCUUCCUGACGGCCGAGAAGCUGGCGGCCGAGAGCGCCAAGGAGUUGGUGGAGAUCGCGGUGCCCGAGAACCUGGUGGGGGCCAUCCUGGGCAAAGGGGGCAAGACGCUGGUGGAGUACCAGGAGCUGACGGGCGCGCGCAUCCAGAUCUCCAAGAAGGGCGAGUUCCUGCCCGGCACACGGAACCGGCGGGUCACCAUCACGGGCAGCCCCGCGGCCACGCAAGCCGCUCAAUACCUCAUCAGCCAGCGGGUCACCUACGAGCAGGGGGUGAGGGCCUCAAACCCGCAGAAAGUGGGAUGAGGCCUGUGGUGUGCGUCCCCACCCCCUCCCGCUCCUCCUCUCCCCCCCCCCCUCCUCCUCUCCCAACUCCCGCCAGACUUCAGCUUGGUGUGACUCCUGCUUGGCUUGGGACGGGGCUGGGGUAGGCCUGGCUGCACCCUCCCUUCUGGUAGUCAUAGGCAGGAUUGAGUGACGUGACGGCUGAGGAGGGGGCUCUUGAGCCCCGCCCCCAGCUUUGAACUGACCCCUCCUCCCUCCCUCCCUGUGCUUGACUGGGCCUGACCCGCCUCUCCCAGGGUUCAGGUCUGUGUGAUAUCUGUAUAUAUUGCAUUUUGUUGAUUUUAAUAGAAAACAAAGCGUUAUUUUCUCUUUCUUUCCCUCCUUUUUUUUUUCCUUUUUAACUUUUUCUUCUUGUUUUUGAUAAGGACCCCCCUCCUUUAUAAGAUUUUUGUUAACAUAUGGGAGGAGGGGAGGGAGCCUUCAGGUCACCUGGAAUAGGUGCCUCUCCCAAACACAACAUCCUGCCUCUCUAUUGCAGUUCCAGAACCUGGGAAGUGUCAGGAGUAGAGGCAGCCACCCAGGAGUCAGAGCUGAAAUGAGGGGUUUGGAACAUAGACCCCACCCCUGCCCGCCCCCUGGAGCCCCACAUUUCCUUCGCUCCUCUAUCCCCUGCAGUAUGCCCUCGGUGGAAAUGUGGUGGAAAUGUAGCUCUCUUCCUCUUCGUUAAGCAGAGAUAUUCCUGCUGGGAACGAUGCCAGCUCUGGAGUGCCUCAGUUCCUGCGAGCCACGCUGUUGUAAGGCUCAGGGGCAGCUGGCUGUGGCUUCUCGUGGCCUUCCCUAGAGGAACGAGGGUCCCUUUUGUGAUGUCACUGAAUCAAGUAUUUAUGGGGUGCUUCCAGUAACUCCCUAUGAUGUCUUAGGAAGUAUUUCCUCAGAGGCUACUUGCUGCACUGGUUAGAGAAAAAUCACUUCCUGUGAGGUCACAACCCAAAGACCUUUCUUCAAAGGUCACUUCUGUGAUGCCAGGGGCGAGGGCAUAUACUUCCUAUGGAAUCUUGAGGUCACUUCCUGUGGCGUCAUAGGGAUGAAGCAUGCGCUUCCUGUGUUGGACAGUGGCUAGUCCUUUGAUCUUCCUCCUCCUCCUCCACUCCUCUUUGGUGGGUGUUGUCCCUGGGGGAGGGGGAUCCCUGGGAAGAGACAGAGGAUGGGACUUGGAUCUAACAUGGAGGUUCUAAGGAGGAAAAAAAAAAACAGUGCAAACAGUGCUGUGCUGUCAGGGUCAACUCCAUCCAAACAUACCAUCUAUGAACUUGCCUUGUCAGGUAAGAUUGGGAGAAGCAGCUAGUGAAAAUGAUUGCUGAAGAUUACCCUCUUCCCCUCCCUGCCUUUUGUGUGCAUGCCUGUGUCUACGUGGCUUCAUUUCAUUGACGGAUGAGCCGAAUGUAUGGUGGCUCUGUCAGGCCCGUGUGAUCUGGUGUAGAGUUCAGUAAGCCUUGCCAAGCUGUGGGUGUCUCUGGCUGGAAUGCCUAGCGUGGUCUGCCGAAUUCGAUGGGCUUGGUGGCUUCCAGGGAUCGGUGUAGGUGAUGUGCGAGAAGUCAGAAAUACGCAGUGUGCUCAGCCUUAGGCUCAGAGGAGCUAGAAGACUCUGACGGAACUGUGAUAAGCCAGGCUGCCCUGGGAUUGUUCUAGGAGUGGCUCACUUGAGCUUGGUGGCUCUUGUCAACUCUGAAGACUGAGAUUUCAGGGCCUGAAAAACCUAUAGAGUAGGAUCACUGAAAGGCACCUGUCCCCUCCCACCUCCAGGUCCUCCAACCCCAAGCAGGGUCCUCAGAACCCGGGCUCCAUCAUCAGCAUCUCUUGGGGGAGGGGCACCCCGUGCCUGCUCCCUCCUCCAUCAGUCCCCCUCCUAGGUCUUCCAGACCCUGCCCUUCUCCAUGGCUUUGGGGCAACUGGCCUCCUUGCUUCUAUCCCUACAAAGGAGCUGGGAGGAGGGAAAACCACCCACCCAGACAAUGCCUGCUACCCCUGAAGCCUGGGAGACUCCCUACCCUGUGCUAGAGAGCCACCCCCAAAUCAAAAUGUGAAAAUCCCUAGAAAGCAAUAGCCUUCGAGGUACCUCGCACUGACCCCCAACCCCAGCCCUUCCACCGGAAUGGGAGGCUAUAGCUUGAGCACUGGGGUGACUUUUCCAUGUCCUCAUCUCCCCAGUGAGGGGCAGGCCCCAUUUCCCUCACACACCCCCAUCUCCCACCUCCUGUCGCUGCUGCCCCCUACCCCUCAUCUCCACACUGAGCCCAGAUGGGGAUUUUAGUGCCAAAACAAUUCUUGAUACCACUUUGUACAUAUCUUCUACCAUUUGGGGCUGUAGGGAUUGGAGGUGGGGGCGGCCCACAGGGCCACUGCUCCCCUCCACCUCUUAAAUGACCUUACAGUAUUUCAUAGUAGCUCCACCUUGCAUGUGGGUAGUGAAGUAUCUAGCUGGAAUAUCCCCUGUAAAGCCCCCAGGCCCCAAGAGGAGGGGAAGGAGUCCGGGGGAAGCAAGGUCUGGGAUGGGUGGGUGGAAUACAGAGACCAUUUGCAAAUGCCCUAGGCUGGAGUCUGGGCCCAAUACUCCUUUCACACCGAGAAAGUAUCCUGGGGGAGGGCGGGCUGUGUGAUGUGCCUGUCCCUAUUAACACUUUUUGGGGAUCCGUUACCCCUCCAGCCAGGGCUAUCUGAAAGGUGGUUUGCUGCCUUUGUAAGCUGGUCCACUCACAGUGCUGGUGGGUGGGAGCUGUGGGCCUCCCACUUGACCCAGUUGGCGCUGGGAAAUUCCAUCAUCUCCCCUACCCCUUGAAAGUCCCUUCUGCAAAGUAACCUCAGUCUUUCUGUGCUGUAGUUGGUCCAGAAGGGACACAGAUGCGGGCCAGGGAUGAGAAUUAUUUUUAAAAUAAUAGCAAAACCCAUCUCCUCCUCUUUACCCAUUAGCCAGUCAGAUCUCAAAGGAUCUGAGGGGGCUCCUUGCAUCCCACUCUUCAGCACCCAGUAGGUGCUUAAUAAGUUAGUAAGUGUUGCCUGCAUUGAAUUGUCUCUUCAUCUCCCCUCCAGCUUCUAAUACCUUCCCCAGCAUUCUCCCCUCUCUUUAUUUCUCUGCCUCCCUAAGGCCCACUGGGUUUUCCUCCUGUGACCCCCACACCCGCCCUCACACUGUUCUCUGUCCUGUCUCUAUCUUUGUCUGUCUUUUUCCCCUCCUAAAUUCUCAACUCUUUCAUUUCCCCUUGAAAAGCAAAAAGUGCCAAACUUCCUUGGAACUGAGCCGAUCUGGGGGGAGAGGAUCUCAGAUGGUGGGAAGGAGACCCCUUAAUUAAGAGGGGGCCCCUUAAGAGGCAAAAAAAAAACACCUUCGGACGCUGAGCUAAAUUGGACCCCCUUCCUCGUUCCUCUCAACCUGAGUUUUUUCUUAGAAUCUUUAUAAGAAAAAAAGAAAAAGAAAAAGAGAAAAAAAAAACUAAUUUUCAACUAACCCCUACCUUUUUGGAUUCCCCUCCCCAAAUUCCACCAGCCAAGGAGAACCCCUUUUGCCUCUUUCUCGGCAAAUCCAUAGAAAUUGGGGACGGAUAAGACAGUGUCCGUCCUCUUUUGCUGGCCUAACGGGGUAGUCGCUGCGGAGGGACCUCAAAGUAUUUAUGACAAGAGGGGUUCCAAAGUGCCAAAUUCACCUUCUCCAUCCUGUCCUGGGCAGGGCUCUGAGCCAGCCUGCCCAGUCAUCAUUUUUGCCCUCUGCCAGCCAUCUCUACAAGGGCAAGGAAAAUUUGCUGCAAUAAUUAGUAGGGCGGGGAUCGGACGGCAAGGAUUUUGCCGCCUCUGUUUGUACUGAACUUGGAGGUGGGAAUUUAUGGGAUCGUGGCAAGAGUCGUCUUACUGGUCCUAUACUUGGAACCACUUGUUUCCCCGUGGUAUUUUUUCCCUCCACUCUUGACCAAAUCCCUUGGAAUAUCUGCGCUCCUCCAUCCCAUCCCGACCCCGUUCUGUUUCAUCUGCCUGUCCCUGUGGCCUACACCGUCCGUAUUACUUUAUGGCUAGUUGGUUUCCAACUGUUUAAAAAAAUGAGGAGGGUUUCCCUUGCAUGGACUCUUGCCGUUUCCAACCUAAGCUAGCAGGUUAAUUGGCAAACCCGUUCGCCAGUCCAGGUGUCCAGGAGGCCCCGCUAGCUCGCACACCUGUCGGACAGCCAGACAGGCCUUCUCUGUACCUAAUGCAUCCGCCCCCAAGCGCCAUCCGGAAUCACCUUCGUGAAAACCUUCGUGGGGGAGGACAGAGUCGCAAUACCCAGGUCCGGGCCAGAGAAGCCUGAUCUGCGCUUUGUGGAGUGUGGACACCCGUCCUUGCCGUCCGAGCCCUCUCCACACCACAGUCUGCGGUCUGGAUGUCCCAGCUGGUGUGUGCGGUCCCUCGGGUCCCCAGGCUCUCACCAGCAGCAGAGUCGACUGCCUGCUGAGGGGCAGGAGGGAGGGGAAGUCUCUGGAAGGUGGUGGUGGUGGUGAAGACUGCUGGUUUUUAACCCCUUCUCAGCCAGUCUAGGACACGCGUCUCCUUAGAAUUAAUGUAGGGAGACCCUCCUCCUUCCUCCCUCCCCCCUCCCAUCCCCACAAAACCACCAACCUCUCAUCUUCUAAGUGACUCCAUCACCACCGGCCACCACUGGAACCUGCGGCCUCAUUGCUCCAGCCCGCCCCCACUCGACCGUCAGACUCAUCGAACUCUUGAUUAACCCUUUCUGUGUUCAUCCCACGGAAAACUUGUGUGUCCGGCAGGGAGGCCAGGGGGUGGACGCUAAGGGCAGUUGCUUAUCUUUCCUCCAUCUCCUCCCAGCGCCCAUGCCUCCCCAUCCCAUGUCCCCAUCCUCAGCCCUCACCCCUGAGGAUCUGCCUCUCCCAGGGGCACAGGGAUCCUCUGGAAAUACCUUUGCUGUUUGGCUUUGCAAAGGCGGGUCUAGGGGUCGUGGUCUCCCCAGCGGAGCGCGCACUCCGACUGUCCUCCUCUUCGCCUCCACCCACUCCCCACGCCUUCACUGUAAAUAGUCACUUUUGUACUUGGUUUGAGCCAGGCGACGUGGGGAGUCUCUCUCUCUCUCCCUCUCUCUGUCUCCCCCCCUCCCCUUCUUUUUUAUUUGUGUUGGCAUCUCAGCUACUGGAGGCAUGGUCCACAUCCCGGUUCGAUUUGGGAGGAGCCCAAGGUGUGUUCCGCCAAAAUGCUGAGGAUUUCAAGAAAACAGUAUUAGUUCUGAAAGGGCUGGGAUACACAGAUCCCCCUGUGCGGGAGAGGGAAGGCUCUGUUCUCCAGAUCUGUGAAAUGGGCUCAUCCUCCAAUCUCCCUGAAGAACCUUGGAGGGACCGAGAGUUGAAUCUCUCCUCCACUUCCUCUGGUGGAGGCGGGCGCGAAAAGAAUGGCUCUGGGAUGGGGUUGUCUUUGGAGAAAAGACUGGGAAUCCUUCCUGGGACCUGACGCUACUCUCUGCUAGGCUUGUUUUCUUGCAAAGAGGUAGUCAGAUGAACGUCUGAGAUCCCUUUCUAACCUUUAAGGAACAGGUCCAAGCCCCGCGGCUGGCCUGCCUGCUGCCUCUGCGCUGCAUUCCAGUUUGGUGGUGGGGUGGACAGUAAAGUGGCCAUGCCUCCAGUUUCUCCAUUCAACCCCCUCUUAGCCGAUUUCCUUCCAUCCUCUUCGACCAGCGCCGCCGACCACUUCCUCUCCGCCACCUCCAGAAGCUCUUGGCUGGGGUCACCGCACUCUCCUCCCCUUCCCCCCAUCGCCAUGCCUGGGCCACGCCCACCUCUCCCACCCACUCACCCACCCACCCCAGUGUCCGCUGUGUGACCUAGUGCACCGUGUAUUAGCUUCCAUGGACCCACCCACCCCCCGCCCCCACCACACCCCUCCCCCACCCCUCCUCCCUCGGCGACUUCACCUUUUUUUGCCGCGAUAAACGUCAUCUCAGCA